AUGGCCAUGAGCACGCGCUUCGCCACCUGCUCGGCGCGCUCGCUGCCCCAGGGCGUACUCGUGCAGGAGCCUCCCGAGCACCGACCGGAGCUUGCCGGCCUCCUCGACGUCGCCGGGGUCGGCAAGACUGCACGUCCACGGUGGGGAUGGCUCAUCGACUCGCCGUACGCCGACGGCGGCCUCAUCGACUUCAAGAAGACAGACCGCGGCCGCGGCAGGGGCUUCCAGCUCCUCAGACGCCGCGGCGGGCACGAACAACAGCGGGCAACAACCCCGCGGGCGGCGGGUCCUGCUCGUACGAGGCCAUACGGAGGCACUGCAAGGCGGAGGCGCCGGCAACGCUGCUGCUGA